UGGGGACACAACUACUCCGGUCAAAUGAUAAGAUUGCCUAUGUUCGUCCGUGCCCUCUUUCAUCAAUUGUUAUUUUUUUUCCUCUUCUUCCCAAAUGGAUUUUUGGCUCAGAUCUCCAAGGAGCAUUCAAGACACAACUAUUUCGCUCAAUUGGACCCAUCGAUACCCAAUUCUUCGUUUACAUCUAUUGGAUUUAGUACCAACCAGCUCCAUCCCAACACCGGCGGCUAUGCAUCUAAAACUUACUCCUAUAACAAUGAGAGCGACAGAGAAGAAGAUGAAGGAAAGGAGAGAAUAUUAAAUAUUGGUAAGAGCCUCUGUGGACCUAAUUCAAAGGAGAUUAAUGUGGGAAUCCUAUGCAAUGGACCUGGGACGGGAAGGGUCCAAGGAAGGAAACUAUUGAGUCUUAGUAGUUGCAACUAUGAACCUUUUUCGACGAUGAUUUAUGUGGAAGUCCAGGACUAUCAAUGCUUAUGUGAAACUGUAAAGAACGAUGUGACAGUGGAAGACAUAUGUAAAGCUCUAAAGAAAAAGUAUAAGAGAGGGGAUAGCAGGACGUACGUAUUGAAAUAUAGAGGAAGUGUCCUAAGAAGUUCCAAGAAGCUCUCCUACUAUUCUAUCAAAAAUGAGGAUCACCUUGAGUUCAGGAGGAAGUAAACGUUCACACAACAAUGAUUACUUACUCCCCAAUGUUUUAUCAAUUUCCACUUUUUAAUAAGGUGAGUAAGAAUUGUAUCUAAAGAAGAAUUAGGUUUGAAUAUUAAAGUUACUCCCCCAAUAAUGUUUACUUUUUAGGAGCUUU